CUGCGAACUUGACAACUCUCCGAGAAUUCAUUCCCUUAAGAUGGCGAGUUGCAGAUUCCUCCUGGCGGUGGCGCUGGUGGUCGUGGCGCAGGCGAGCCUCGCCGCCGCCGCCCCCCAGCGCUGGUAUAGCUACUCCGGUGGAUUCGAUCGCGACGACAGAUUCGACAAUGAUGGAUAUGAUAAUGAUGGAUUCGACCGCGACGACGGCUUUGGCAACCGUGGUUUUAGUGGCAACGCGGCUGUUUACAAUCGCGGCUUUAAUGGCAACUCUGGAUAUUACAAUCGGGGAUUUAAUGGCAAUCGCUACAAUCAGAAUGGCGGAUUCUACAGCCAAGGAUUCCAACCAAGCAGCGGAUCCUUCAACCGUGGCUUCGAUCGCGAUGACAGGCUGGCGGAAUCACAGGAAAUGCACGUCAGCAGUAACCGAGAUCUUUCCUUGAGAAAAUACAAACUGUUAGAUGCUGCAUCGUAUUUUACUAAAUUCUUGUCAUACAUAGAGGCCAGAAAUCCAGUUCCCCGUCAGAGUGAACUUUUGUACUCUUGA